AUGUUCUCUAUAUUUCCACAACUGAAUACAACUAGAUAUAAUUCGAUUUUGUUCUCGCAGAUUGCAUCAUUGGUAUCAUUAAGACUCUUUGAUGAGAGUGGAACAUUGGAAUCUAUUAGACUUCGUUGUAACGUGCCUUAUCAGAAUAUCAAACUAGUUUGUCUAUCGAUUAAUUUCGAUAUCGAUUUAUAUUUGAAUUCUGCUGAAUUUACAAAUGCUUGA